GAUGUGUCACCUGACCAAAAUAGCCUCCGCGCAUGCGUGUUUUGAAUGUAGGCUGCAUGUUCUGUGCGUGCUUGUUUCUCCGCUACAAAUAGGCAAAACAUGUAAUUUUACACAUAUUCAUAACUGUACACUAUCGCUAAGAUAUUUUUGCUUAGCUAUAUUUAUCUAUGUGUAUUCUGUGUGGUAAACUAGGCUCAUUUUGAGUUAAUUUUACAGAAUAGACUGUUAGCUAGUAAGCUAUAUGCCACAGUGACACGCGUAUGAUUCGUUUUAGAGUCGGAAAAUCUUAAGGCCAAUAUGGGACGAAAGAAACAGGGUAAAUUUAUGCGACCUGAAAACAAGGGUAAAGAGAAAAGACAUAAAAUGAAGGGAAAAUCGUUGGAGACCUUCACAAAAGAAAUGCACUCUGCUUUUGAAGCAAGUCUUCAGUUGAAUGAAGCAGCAGAAGCCCCUGAAGUGAAGCUGCCUUGUCCACUCGCCAUGUGGGAGCUGGGUCACUGUGACCCUAAACGUUGUACUGGCAGAAAACUGGUUCGCAAAGGGUUUGUCCGCAACCUUCGUCUCAGUCAGAGAUUUAAUGGACUCAUCCUCAGCCCAAUGGGUGUCAAAUAUGUGACACCAGCCGACAGAGAAAUUGUGGCUCAGAAUGGGUUAGCAGUAAUUGACUGCUCUUGGGCCAAAUUGGAGGAGACACCAUUUAAUAAAAUGAAUGGAGCACAUCCAAGGUUAUUACCAUAUCUUGUAGCUGCAAAUCCUGUCAACUAUGGUAAACCCUGCAAGCUGUCUUGUGUUGAGGCUUUUGCUGCCACAUUUUGCAUUGUAGGGUUUGAAGAAUUGGCUAUCCUUUUACUUCAGAAAUUUAAGUGGGGGAUAGGCUUUCUAGAGCUUAAUAAAGUCCUGCUUCAGGGCUAUGCCACCUGUCAAACGGAGGAGGAGUUGCUGAGUGUAGAAAAAGACUUUCUCACAAAUAAACCACAGGAGGAGGAGUUUGAUCCAUUUGAUGUCAACUCAGGUGUAGAAUGUGGAAAUCUCAAUAGACAACAGUGCACACUUACAGAAGAUGACUCGAGUGAGGAAGACACAUCAGAUGAUGAGGAAGACACAUCAAAUGAUGAUGAAGAGACAUGGGAUGAACCAUCAAACAAGGACACUGAGUGAACAUGAAAGAUUAGAAGAAACUUUUUUUUUUUGUUUUAUACAUUUAUUAUAAACUACUAAAAAACUAUACAGUUGUUAUAGAAUUGUUUAUUGUAAAAGCAGAGGCUCUGUAUCUUGCAUUAAGAAUUAUUGACAAGUGGAAAGUAAAACAAAUAAAACAACUAUCCAAGGGAUUACACAAAAGUUAUAUUUUUAUAAUCUAAACAUUAUUUCAUUCAAACUUGUAUAAAAUUUUAUACAAUAGAUGAUGCUGUUGAUUCAGUACAAUUUAAUAGAUCUUGAUCAGAUGUAACAAUUGAUGAUUGUCUGCCUACUGUUAUUUAAUUUUUCAAUUAUAAUUAGGUACAGUUUCAUAAAAGGACAUUUUUACAGCAUAUGUUAUAAUGUAUAUAAUAUAUUUGUAUGGUGUCAAAAUAAUAUAAAUUUCUAAUUAAUUACUUGAUUAGAAAUACUUGUCACAAAGAAUAUAUUUUAAUAAACCGACAUGUGCUGAAACG